UACAACGUGUGCAGUCGGGUUUGGCAGAAGCAGUAUAAUAAGAUGAAUCGUGCAAUAUUUUGCGUGUUGCUCUUCUGUUCACUAUCAUCCACUUUGUCCGUGUCACCGAUUACGCCCACGCAGUCUCCAUAUGGCGCGGCAGCAGCUGGUGGCAUUAUUCCGCCUGUAACACCUACUACCUAUCCCUUACUACCUAGUACUAUCCCACCAGGUUACAAGAACCCCUACUACCCUUACAACCCACACGGAGGACCCAUAAUACCCAUAUUAUCAUUUACAAAUGAUCAUGGUGCAGCAGGAACUUAUUCUUACAGUUUUAGCACAGCUGACGGUAAGCAAGUCCAAGAGAGUGGAUACUUGAAGGAUCCUUAUAUUGAUAAUGCUGGAGAACCACAAGGAACACAGGUUGUUCAAGGAAGUUAUUCCUACAUUGCUCCUGAUGGCACACCUAUACAAGUUAGCUAUAUCGCUGACGAAAAUGGUUUUCGACCAUCAGGAGUUCACAUACCAGCUGAUGGAAAAAUUUUAGCGACUCUUGCUCCCUUUGUCGAUGGAAAACUAGAUCCCAAUAGAUAUAACCCAUUCUAUAACAAUCGUUUUAAUAGACCUUAUGACCCAAGAUACCCUUAUGACCCCAGAUAUCCUUACAAUUCUAAAUAUCCUUAUGAUCCAACGAAAUAUAACUCUUUUUACAAUAAUUAUAAUGCAUUUAAUCCUUUGCACCCGGGUUUGAAUCCGGCUCUCAACCCUGUUUUGAACUCAGCUCUAAAUCCCUCGGUAAACAAGAAUGCUGUAAGUAAAGAAGGAAGUAAAAAGGACUCUGCUCUAAAUCUCCAUUUUUGUCAAGGUCAGAACAAUGAAGUUAUGUUUCUGAGACUUCUCAUACUGCCUUUAGCCCAUAAAAUGCAUAAAGAAUUUGCAACGAUGCGUAAUUGCAAUAAAAUUUUUCGUAUAAAUACGAUGGGGUGGAUCCGAGAUGCAUCACAUCACAUUAAACUUUUGCAAGUCGCCUUGCAAAUUAAAUACAAUAUGAAGCGCAUUAUAUUUGUCCUUGUUGUAAUAUUUGGUAGUGUGAGGACGGACGUUAGCGACUUCCAGGCGUACCAACCUCGUCCACAUCCGCAGGUCUCUCCAUAUCCACGUCCUGGUAGAGACGAGCAAUUGUAUACUACGGAACCGAUACCCAUCAUUCGACAGGAGCAAAUCCUUAAUCCCGAUGGAUCUUAUAAAUGGAGCUACGAGACUGGUAAUGGGAUCUCGGCAGAGGAACAAGGCUAUGUAAAGAAUCAGGGAAUACCCGACCAAGAGGCACAGACGGCACAAGGACAGUACUCAUACACCGCUCCUGACGGACAGGUAAUUCAACUGCAGUAUUUAGCAGACGAAAAUGGAUUUCAGCCUCAAGGAGCACACCUCCCUACAUCGCCUCCUAUUCCACCAGAGAUCCAGAAGGCUCUAGAAUAUCUAGCUACUUUACCGCCAAGUAACGAAGACUACCAUAAUCAGUACAGACACAGAGACUUGCCGGCUUUUUAAACACGACUAGACCAAUAAUAAAAACGAUAUCAGUUUCCUACAAAACGGAGGCUCAAAGAUAAUUUUAAGUAUAACAUAUUUAAUACAGUAUUGUGAUAUAAAUUUAUUUCAAAUUAAAAAUGUGUGUCUUAUAAUUUUAAUGUAUUUAAUUUAGAUAGUUAUUUUAUACUGUUGUAAUUUUGUGCUGUCAAAUAUACAUUGAUGUUCAUGUUA